AUGGCUAGUUUCAGGCUGCUCUCCCUAACUGGUAGCCUUCCGGCAACUACGUUUCUCCGUGGCAGCUCUUUGAGCAAGUUUGCCAGGAAGUUUUCUAUGGCACAUGCAAUGAAUGGCAAGUAUGUGAACCUGCAAGUUAAGAAUGGCGUAGCUGUCGUUCAGUUUGACAAUCCAGACUCAAAGGUGAACACCUUGUCGAUUGCCAUGCAGGCAGAGUUUGAGGAGGCCAUACAGAAAAUACGAAGCAGUGACAGCAUCAGAGCUGCUGUUCUCAUUUCCAAGAAGCCAGGCUCUUUCAUUGCAGGAGCUGACAUCGGCAUGAUUGAACAAGCUAAAACAAAAGAAGAAGUCCAGAAGCUGUCAGAGAGUGGGCAGGAUGCUUUCAAGCAGAUAGAAGACAGCAGUAAACCAUUUGUUGCUGCCGUCAUGGGCUCUUGUCUGGGCGGAGGCUUAGAGACAGCUCUGGCUUGCCACUACCGGAUUGCUGUCAGUGAUCGUAAGACUGGACUUGGGUUACCAGAAGUUUUGCUUGGACUGUUGCCCGGGGCAGGAGGCACCCAGCGUCUACCCAGACUGAUUUCACUGCCAAAUGCUCUAGAUAUGAUGUUAACAGGCAAGACUCUGAAAGCUGACCGAGCUAAAAGAUUUGGUCUUGUCGAUCUGACUGUAGAACCCCUUGGACCUGGAGUCAGUGAGCCAGAGUUGAACACUUUGUCUUACCUAGAAGAGGUGGCAGUUCAGGCAGCCAGGGACCUUGUUGAAGGCAGAUUAAAGAAAACGCCCAGGAAAAAAGGGACAACUGACAAAAUCAUGGAUUAUUUGCUCAAGUACAACUUUGGAAAGAACUUUGUCUUCGGCAGAGCAAAAAAACAAGUCAUGAAGCAGACACGAGGCUUAUAUCCUGCACCUUUAAAGAUUUUAGAGGUUGUCAGAACAGGCCUAGAUAAAGGUAUACAUGCUGGAUAUAAAGCAGAGGCUGAGGCUUUUGGAUAUCUGGCGACCACUAAAGAAUCCAAGGCACUGAUUGGACUGUACCAUGGACAAACAGCCUGCAAGAAAAACAGCUUUGGCAAUCCCCAGCGACCUGUCAAGACUCUAGGAAUCUUGGGAGCAGGUCUGAUGGGGGCUGGUAUUGCCCAGGUUUCUAUUGACAAAGGUAUACGGACCCUGCUGAAAGACACCUCCAUCAAAGGUUUGUCCAGGGGGGAGGACCAGAUUCAGAAGGGCUUGGAUCAAGCAGUCAAGAGGAAGAAGAUUACAGCAUUUGAGAGGGAUUGCUUGUUGUCCAACUUAGAACCUACCUUGACUUACGACGGCUUCAACACCUGUGACCUGGUUAUUGAGGCUGUGUUUGAGGAUAUCAACAUCAAACACAAGGUCAUCCAAGAACUUGAAGAGCACAUUUCACCAGAUUGUAUUUUCGCAUCCAAUACUUCAGCGCUACCUAUAACACAGAUUGCUAAAGGCAGCAAACGGCCAGAAAAG